AGUUCAUGUUACGUGAAUGUUAUAUGCAUUACUCAUAUUGAUGAAUCAGCGGUCGACCAGGAUCCAUAUUUCAGCUGUGAAGCAGCGCCUGGUCACCAGUUCUUCGUAUUUCCGUCGCUAAACUCAUUGCCCUCCACAACACAUGGAAUACGCAUCUACAAUGCCACCCUUUGGAUACGAUUGGAGCUCAAGGUGAAACACGCAGACAACUAUUGGGCCUCGUACGGCAACAAGAAUCUCAUCCUUUGGGUGUUUCGAUUGAUCAGUGGGUCCAAAAACGUGCUCAACGAUGAGGAGGAAUUUACCAAGCACACGGCAAUGGUGGCUAAACACACGAUUUCGGUGGAAAAACUCGGCUGGCAGGAGAUAGACGUGACGAAUGCAGUCCGAGCAUGGCAUUCGGAGAAAACCAACGACAGCUUGCGACUGUUUGUGGACUGUUCGGGUUGCGGAAAUAAAAUAACCAUCCAUUUGUUUGACGAGAAUCAGAACAAGAACAAGGAAUCGGUCCUGAAGGCGCAAAAGAUAAAUCCCAAAAAGAAGCCGGAGAACUUCAUCGAUUACAACCGACCUUAUCUUUAUGUGAGCCUUGCAACGAACCACGUGAAGCGCCUGCGAAGACGGGCACUCGACUGUACUGGGGCACCAAACGAGCAGUGCUGCAAACAGAAGUUCUACGUAGAUUUCAAGGCGCUCAAGUGGGAUGACUGGAUUAUACGCCCUCAUGGAUACUUUGCCAAUUAUUGCAAAGGAAGCUGUCUUCUACCGGACAAGUUUUCAGCGGAAUAUCAAUACGUUGUGGAUGAAUACCGAAGACAGGGUCAACUGACCGGAAUCCACCAAUGCUGCGCACCAACCAAAUAUUCUCCCAUGUCGCUCAUUUUUUACGGACCAGACUCUCGCGUCAUUAAGCAGGACCUUUCGAAGAUGAUUGUAGAAGAAUGUGGUUGCCCAUAACGAGUGUCUUGAUUGUUUCAGCUUUUUACUAGUUAAACUCCUCUGUAUGCUACAUAUUUACAAUUAUGUAAACCAAACUUAACGAAAUCUCAUGGAAAUAAAGUUUCGAUUUUGCAUCUUAUGCUUAAAAAGUA